UUAUGGCUAUAAUUUUAGGUAAUCGUUACCAAAUGAGGAGGAAAGGAAGAUGUCAUCGAGUAUCUGCAGCAAGGCAUUCUUCUUCCCCAUGCAGUAUUAAACACUCCCCAACACGAGAAACCUUGACAUAUGCUCAAGCUCAAAGAAUGGUUGAAAUAGAAAUUGAAGGUCGCCUGCAUAGGAUCAGUAUCUUUGAUCCACUAGAGAUUAUUUUAGAAGAUGAUGUUACUGCCCAGGAAAUGAGUGAAUGCAACAGCAAUAAAGAAAACAGUGAGAGGCCACCAGUUUGUUUGAGAGCCAAACGGCAUAAAAAUAACAAAGUGAAAAAGAAAAAUGAAGCUCUUCCAAGUGCACAUGGUAUACCCACUUCAACAAGUCCCCUUCCAGAACCAAAAGUACGGAUUGUUGAAUACAGUCCACCUUCUGCGCCUCGUAGACCUCCUGUUUAUUAUAAAUUUAUUGAAAAGUCAUCAGAAGAACUUGACAAUGAAGUGGAAUAUGACAUGGAUGAAGAAGAUUAUGCAUGGUUAGAAAUAAUAAAUGAAAAACGAAAAAGUGAUGGAGUGUCAGUCGUGUCACAAAAUAUGUUUGAAUUCCUUAUGGACAGGUUCGAGAAAGAGUCUUAUUGUGAGAACCAAAAACAAGGUGAUCAUCAGUCUUUAAUUGAUGAAGAUGCAGUGUGUUGUAUAUGCAUGGAUGGUGAAUGUCAGAACAGCAAUGUAAUUCUGUUUUGUGAUAUGUGUAAUUUAGCAGUACAUCAGGAGUGCUAUGGGGUGCCAUAUAUACCUGAGGGCCAGUGGCUCUGUAGACACUGUCUGCAGUCCCGUUCUCGGCCUGUAGACUGUGUGCUAUGCCCAAACAAGGGAGGUGCCUUUAAAAAGACUGAUGAUGACCGUUGGGGACAUGUUGUGUGCGCUUUGUGGAUUCCAGAAGUUGGAUUUGCCAAUACAGUUUUUAUUGAGCCAAUUGAUGGUGUCAGGAACAUUCCCCCAGCCAGAUGGAAGUUAACAUGCUACCUCUGUAAACAGAAAGGAGUUGGUGCCUGCAUCCAGUGCCACAAAGCAAACUGCUAUACAGCAUUCCAUGUGACAUGUGCUCAAAAGGCUGGGUUGUAUAUGAAAAUGGAACCUGUGAAAGAACUAACAGGCAGUGGGACAACAUUCUCUGUAAAAAAGACUGCCUAUUGUGAUGUACAUACUCCACCAGGUUGCACACGGAGACCUCUAAACAUUUAUGGCGAAGCUGAAAUGAAAAAUGGCGUGUGUAGAAAAGAGGGAUCAGUCAGAACUGCUAGGUCCACAUCAAAAGUCAGAAAAAAGACAAAAAAGGCCAAGAAAGCAGUGGUUGAACCCUGUACAGUUAUGCCAACAGUAUCUGCUCCUUAUAUUCCCCCUCAGAGAUUAAAUAAAAUUAUGAAUCAGGUGGCCAUUCAACGGAAGAAGCAGUUUGUUGAAAGAGUACACAGUUACUGGUUACUUAAAAGACUGUCUAGGAAUGGAGUUCCUCUGUUGAGAAGGCUGCAGUCCAGCUUACAGUCACAAAGAAACACACAACAGAGAGAAGAUGAUGAGGAAAUGCAAGCUUUAAAGGAGAAAUUAAAAUACUGGCAAAGGCUACGACAUGAUCUUGAAAGAGCCCGUUUGUUGAUUGAACUUAUACGGAAACGUGAAAAAUUAAAAAGAGAACAGGUCAAGGUUGAGCAAGUUGCUAUGGAGCUUCAGCUCACUCCAUUCACUGUACUUCUGCGAUCAGUUCUGGACCAACUGCAAGAAAAGGAUUCUGCUCGCAUAUUUGCUCAGCCAGUGAACCUUAAGGAGGUUCCAGAUUAUUUGGAUCAUAUUAAACAUCCAAUGGAUUUCUCUACAAUGAGGAAACGGUUAGAUGCCCAAGGUUAUAACAACCUGAAUGAGUUUGAAGAAGAUUUUAAUCUCAUUAUAGAUAACUGUAUGAAAUACAAUGCUAAGGAUACAAUAUUCUAUAGAGCUGCAGUGCGAUUAAGAGAUCAAGGAGGUGUUGUUCUGAGGCAAGCUAGGAGAGAUGCUGAGGCAGUUGGUUUUAAUGAUGAAACUGGAAUGCACUUACCUGAGCGACCUAAACUAGAGUCACCUCAGCCAUUCUCUUGGGAAGAUGUGGAUAGGUUACUGAAUCCUGCUAACAGAGUACACAUGUCCUUGGAAGAACAGCUGAGAGAAUUGUUAGAAAAACUUGAUCUUACCUGUGCAAUGAAAUCCAGUGGAUCAAGGAGCAAACGAGCAAAGCUGUUAAAGAAAGAAAUCAGCAUUAUUCGCAACAAACUAAGUCAGCAACACAACCAACCUCCCCAGAUAGAAUCAGGUAUUGGAAGCUUUGAAGAAGAAAGUGCACCAUUAGAACAAGAAGGUGAAGAAGAAGGAGAUAAAUCUCCCCCUAAACUUGAACCAUCAGAUGCAUUACCUCUUCCUUCAAACUUGGAGACUAAUUCAGAACCACCAACCCUCAAACCAGUAGAACUCAAUCCAGAGCAGAGUAAGCUUUACAAAAGAGUAAAAUUUGAUAAUGAAUUAUAUAGUACAUCCAUUCAGAAAGAAAUAAAUGGACACACUCCAGAACACUUACUUGACAGUAAUCUCAAUGAGUCGACUGUUUCUGCUGUAGCUGAGUCAUCAACUGAUGUAAACAGACGUACAUCUGUUCUCUUCUGCAAAUCGAAAAGUAUAAGCCCCCAAAAGUCUGCAAAGAACACUGAAACCCAGCCAACUUCUCCACAGCUAGGGACCAAAACCUUUUUGUCUGUAGUCCUUCCAAGGUUGGAGACACUUCUGCAGCCAAGGAAAAGAUCAAGGAGUGCAUGUGGAGAUUCUGAGGUUGAUGAUGAGUCCCCUGUAAAGCGCUUGGAUACAGGUCUAUCCAACGGUUUUGGAGAUGGAAGUAGAGAGAGAGAGUUAGAUGAUGCUCCAGGAAGAAAAGUUGAACCUCGUCGCCGCUGUGCAUCAGAAUCUAGUAUAUCGUCUAGUAACAGCCUUUUAUGUAAUUCAAGUUUUAGUUUGCCAAAGUGUGGUAAAGGUAAACCAGCACUUAUACGAAGACACACCUUGGAAGACCGAAGUGAAUUGAUUUCGUGCAUUGAAAACGGGAACUACGCAAAAGCAGCAAGGAUUGCAGCUGAAGUUGGACAUAGCAGUAUGUGGAUUUCAACUGAUGCUGCAACAUCUGUGCUUGAGCCACUAAAAGUAGUGUGGGCCAAAUGCAGUGGGUAUCCCUCCUACCCAGCACUGAUUAUUGAUCCUAAAAUGCCUCGUGUUGCUGGUCAUCACAAUGGUGUUACAAUACCAGUGCCACCUUUAGAUGUAUUGAAAAUUGGAGAACAAAUGCAGACCAAAUCAGAUGAGAAGCUCUUCUUAGUUUUGUUUUUUGACAACAAAAGAAGUUGGCAGUGGCUUCCAAAAUCCAAAAUGGUUCCCCUUGGGAUUGAUGAGACCAUAGACAAGUUAAAAAUGAUGGAAGGUCGUAACUCAAGCAUUCGUAAAGCAGUAAGAAUUGCUUUUGAUCGUGCUAUGAAUCAUCUGAGUAGAGUACAUGGAGAACCAGUCAGCGACUUCAGUGAUAUUGACUAACAAAGAUGCUACCAAGGCAUGCUACAGACUUGAACUUUGCUUAAUUAACCUCUUUGUCUAAAAGAAUGUAUUGAAGAUAUAACCCCUUAAUCAUUGAUUCAGUGGCUGAGUUCUGCAAACUUGAAAGAGUUGAGCAGUUCUUCUAAAUCACCAUUGCCAUAUUGAUUAAUGAUUUUAUCAUUGUGUUGUAGUUUGGAGGGUUUUCCACUAAACCUGUUAAUGUCUUGUUCAUAGUGUUCAUAUUUUGUACAUAUAUGUAUAUUCAACACUUAACUUAUUCUGAUUUUUAGGAGUAGCUGUUUAAUUCCUUUUUUUUUUUAAAUUACUGGGGAGGGAGUAGGUUUUCAUUUCCAUGGUUUUACAUUAAACAAAACAUAGUUACCUAAGCACUCUCUUCCAGCUUACAGUGCUUAGUGAAUUUUAAAGUAUAAUAUCAAAAAUGACAUCAAAUAUAUGUUUGCCUAAAUCAUAUAUAUAAUAUGGUGCUGCUUGUAUCAUUUUUCCUUAAUUUGUAGCUUCUGAAAAGACUUCUGAAUGUUUAAUUUUGUGUAAAUCAUUGCUCUUUGCACAAAGUACCACUUAUUUAAGAUUGAUGUAAAUUUACAAUUAAAAAUGUGUAUUUUAAAAAAGAAAAUAACAUUAUUUUGGAGGGUACUUUGUGAGAAAGACAUCAAGAGUAAAAUUAUGCUAUGUACAUCACCUGCAAAUCACCAAAAACACUCCAUUGUUGCCCAAAUAGGUUGUGGGUUUUUCUUUUUUUCUAUUUUCCCUUUUCUGGUUUGUUUUGUUCUUUUAAAUUUUUGGUUACUUUGUUUUAAACAAAUCUGGCUUAAAGCCAUAGAGCACAUUUUCUUUCCAAAUCACAUCCCACCUAUCUCCCAUAGAUUUUAUUUUGUUCAUAUAUGUGCCUCCCUAUAUUUUAUUUAUUGUAGAAAAUGUACUAAUUUUGCUUUAUAAUGAAAAAAAAAUUGACAAAGUAUAUUAUUAUGCAUUUUUAUACAGGCACAUGAGAAGACAACCUGCUUGGGAGAAAAGUGUAUUGGAAAUUGUAUAAAAUGAUUUGAUGGCUUGUGUGUAAUUUUGAUUUUUUGUAACUUGUAAUCUUUUGUUUCCAAUAAGGGGAUAUGUAACUUUUAAUUUAGAACACUUUGGUAGCAAUAGAAACUUUGGAUACAUUUUUGUAUGGUACAUGUGAUGUAUAUAGAAUUAGUACUUUAUUUUUAUUUUUAAGAAGUAAAGCAUUAUGUUUGGGCAGGGGGAAGAAAGAGGGUGGGUUUCCAGAACUGCAAUUUUUAUAUUAAAAAAAAUAAAGUCAAGAUAUUGAUUGUUGUAGCUACUUUAUUCCUACAUUCACUGAAAUACUGAAUUUGUAACAAUGAAAAUGGCAAGGUAUGUUUGCAAUGUGAUUUAUAAUGCCUCCAUUAUUUAUAAAUGCACUGUGUUGAACUUUUUUGCAGUGAUAUCCUAAAUACUGUACCAAGUUAUAUAAUAUGAAACACCAAAUAAUGCAUAUAAAUGCACGAAGUAUUUAUGCCCAGCUUUUUUAUAAUGGAUUAGCAAAUACAGCAAAACCAAUACUUUAAACAUUUUUUUUAAUUUCAUUGAAUAGCAUUCUUCAUUGUAAACCUGCUUGAAUCUUUAUUUUAAAGGGACAGUCAAUUACUUUUUAAAUAGUUUUUAAUGUUUUUAUUCUCUAUUGUUUGUAAUACCCCCUUAGAAGCUUGAAAUAAAAUUUCUUUCUCAACUGA